AUGGCUCCUCUUAAACCUUCCAAUCCAUCCUCUAAAGACAUCAUUGAGGAAGCUGUCCAAUCAGCUGUUCAAACAUCCAUCCUUCAUCUUGACAAUGCUCUCCAAGAAACCCAACGCCAACUUGAUGAGAGAUUCGCCCUUGCUGCCCCAGAUCUGCAGCAGCUUAACAUACGAAUGGACAAGGACAAGGAGGUAGUAGACUCAAGAUAUGACUCCAUGAUGUAUAUUUUAGCAAAGCUUGUUGCUCAAAAAUCCCAACCAUUUACGACUACUGUUCAUUCUGCAACAAGUUCAGCUGGUAUAUCUCUCUAA